UUAAGUUUCAUGUUAGCCACAGACAAGACGACAGAUGUCCUGAAGUCUGUACCAGGACAGAGCUUUCAUGUUAUGCUCCCAUGGCUAUUGACCGAAUAAAUUCAUACCAGCUCCAACUCGAAGGCCCUAUGUUUCCACCAUGACAUGUUACAAACAAAAACGAGAUGACCAGAACAGAUGCUUGUAAGUGAGAAAACAAAACAAUAAUUAGUUUCACAAGUUGACUCUACGUGAACUUAUUAAUUAAACCUCAUAUCAAGUGAAGUUUGUGAACACAGUUUUCAUGAUUUUUCUAAACUGAAGCUCUACAAAAAGAUGAUUUUUUAGUCCGAAUAUUAAAAAAAAUCAAUCCAGUGAUUUAAAAAGCAACUAUUGUGCUAUAACAUAAUGGUUGAAGAAAUAUCCCAUUUUGCAUAUCGCAAACUUUGUCGAAACUUGAUAUGCAUUUUAUAUCUUAUUUCUCAGGGCUAAAGUCAAAGAUCCUCAUCUGCCAAGGUUUGCUACUAUAAUAAAUAUCCAGCACACCCACAACCAACGGCUAGUCUGUGCUGAUGCCUUCAAAUUCCGUGAUGUUUCUGAGGACUCUGUGAUUGCCAAGUUCACUAAGCUGUACUCCAAGGGACAUUCACCUUCAUCCACCCUGAACACCCACAAGCUGGACUUGCAGUUGGAACAUGGAACUGACUACCUCUAUGUAUCCGCUAACAGAGCAAAGUGCCCUGACCAGCAUUUUUGCCACAGAUUGUACAGGAAAAUCUUUGACAAGGCUUAUGGGGCAGCUUCCGGUGAGAAAAUGACACAUGACCUUGAAGUUUCCAUCAAGUCUUACAAUCAGGAACGGGGUCUAGAGUGCUGCAAAAUGGAUCAGGUGAAUGGCAAUUUGGUGAUUGCAGUGUGCACACCCCUUGUGCGAAGGAUCCACUCCAAACAUCAGUGUAGCGGGGAGCUUGUAUUUGUGGAUGCAUCAGGUGGGAUAGAUAGAUAUGAUUGUAGAAUGUUUAUGAUUCUGACACACAGUGUGGCUGGAGGAUUGCCACUUGGAUGUUUGAUAACCACAUCUGAGUCUAAAGAGACUGUUGUUGCAGCACUCAAGUUGUACCAGCGGAUGAUUCCAGAGGAUGGUUUCUAUGGAAGAGGAGAACAAGGCCCAGUUGUUUUCCUCACUGAUGACAGUGACAGCGAACGCCAGAGUCUACAAGUAUUUCCAAAUUCAAUCACCCUCUUGUGUGUCUUCCAUGUACUUCAGGCCACUUGGUGAUUUCUGUGGGAAGGCAAAAACAGCAUCCGUAAAGAAGACCGACCCCAUUUGUUGGAAUUAGUUAAAGGCAUGGUGUAUGCUGACACAACUGAACAUCUUGAAGAGAUGUAUGACAAAAUGAACAGAGAUGCCAUUGUCAAGAAAUACAGCUGCUUCCUGAAGUAUGCUAAACACCUGUAUGAUCGAAGACAGCUGUGAGCAAUCUGCUUCAGACGUGACCUACCUCUUCGUGGGAAUAACAUAACUAACUAUGUGGAGGCCUCGAUGCGAAUCAUAAAGGAUCAGAUCUUUCAGCGUGUAAGGGCGUACAAUCCUGUUCAGCUUUUGAAUUUCUUGUUGACAAGAAUGGUCACUUACUACGAAAGACGGUUAUCUGAUCUAGCCAAAAGACGAAUUGAUGCAACCAUAUCCAAGAGAUAUCUUCCCGGGAAGGGUAAGAUCACUGCGGAGAUGGUGAAUGAGUUGGAGUUCCCCCUCUUUGAGGUUCAAAGUGAGUCAGAUCCGGAUAAGAAGUAUCAAGUUGACAUGUCAAUGGCAAUGUGCACAUGCAAUGCAGGCCUCAACGGUGCACCUUAUAAGCAUCAGUAUGCAGUUGUUAAGUUCCGUCAGGUGCAGUCUUUCAAUUUUUUCCCCAUCAAUGAUGAGAUCAUGCGCCAUAGGUUACCCUUCUUAGCUACUGGACAAGAUCAUGUGCCUGAGGGUUGGUUUGCACCCCUUCGUAUGGAUCACAUUGAAAGAUCCAUGUCAAGAACAGCAGAAAUGCAAGAAGUGGAACAAGUGCCUGACUCAGUAAACAUGAACAUUCCUUCCAAAGAGGAUGAAACUGAAGAAACAAGGCAGCACAAAGACCUUGGGAGUUCUGCACAGGAGUUUAGACUAGAUGACUUGGAGGCAGGAUUGCAUUCCUUUGCAUCAAAGCUCACAGACCAAAUGAGGGAGAACCCAGAAGAACUUGCACCAGCUGUACGCACCUUCAUCAGACAGUUUAAGAACUCAAGAACUCACUCAUCAACAGUUUCAGCAUUAAUAUCAUUCGGCAAAUACUGCGGAGUAGCCCAGUCAUUAAGUCAUCGACAGAGGGGCAACCUUCGUAGAAAAGGGGUCCCUAUUGGGGUACAGCCUACUGCUGUUGCAUGAAGAAGCACACAUCUUGGGGGGAGACGAUGUCUUCAUACCGGUCGGAAAUGUAAAGCUGCAGUACAAGACUAGGGUCAACUUGUCCCCAAAAAGAGGCAGGAAGGGCACCACAUAAUCUGGCAAGGUGUGUUCAAACAAAUGAAAACAUUGGCAAAAGCCAUACCUCAAAAUGGUAAUUUUACUAUGAGCAUUAGUGCUCUUUUGGAAUUUGAGAUUACUAUCAAUUCAUAUACCACAGCAUAGAUGUAAUUGCCACAAUGUGAAAAUAUGUACCAUUUUUAAGUACCAGCAACAAACUCAACAAUUAUGUGAUAAAUGUAGCAAUACGAGAAUAUGGUCACAAGGAUUAACUUAC